GUCACACUUCCCUACACGUGCAUUGAUGUGAUUGAAUUUAAUGCGAAAAUAGCGCACAAAAAGUGGUUUAAAACGCGUAAAUUAAGCGAAAAUCACUUCCGCAGACAGUGCCGCAGCACUGAGAAGUACCAGAGCACCGACCCGGCAACAGAACAGGCAUGUAUUUCGACGACGAGGACCGAUUGGAGCUGCAGUAUCUGGCUGGCGGCAACAUCGUGGAACAUGCGCCCGUCUUCUCGCCCGAUGGAAGGUUCAUGUUUGUGCGAUGCCUGACAAAUGUUCAGGUGUACGCCACCAGUACGGGUGAACUAACCCGGGUUCUGGACGAUGCUACGGCUCCAUUGAUCAGCUUGGAAUUGGACCUGAAGAAACCGGAACUCUUGAUUGGAUGUACGAGUACCGGGGAGCUGGUCCAAUGGAAUUGGCGGGCGGGUGUACUCAAGAAAACCGUAUCCUUGAAGCUGGGUUCUGGUGAACCCACUAUUUUAACCUGCCACCUGAUGAAUCUUUAUAAAGGUGGCGACACAGCCUGCGCCUUUGUAACCACAAAGAAGAAGAGCGGUGAACAGGUCAACUAUUUUGUGGUCAAUACAAGUACGGGUGAAAAGGUUGACAUCAACUGCGGCCUCAAGCUAAAAGUUCGUACUCCCCUCGUGGACGUCGGAAAGGGUCACUUUAAAUAUAUAGUCCUGGCUCAGGGAUUCUACAUUUACUUUGUGAACUAUGUUACGUGGAACUUCUGUCGCUACAAAAGCGCCAGGCAACAUACAGUCACCUGUGUCCGGAUGAGUCCCUGCGAAAUGGUAGCUGCAACUGCCGAUACCGAAGGCAAGAUUUUUGUGUGGCGGGAGUUUGAGGAGCAAGAAACGAUGACCAACACGCUUUUCCAUUGGCAUCACAUGGAGGUGACAAGCCUAGCCUUUUCGCCCUCGGGCGUGAGCAUAUAUAGUGGCGGACAUGAGACGGUCCUGGUGAAAUGGCCUUUGGCCACACCGGAGAAACGGAAGUAUCUGCCCAAUAUGUCCAGUGUAAUUCGGCACAUUGUCGUCAGCAAUGACAAUGAGAAUGUCCUGGUUUGCACAGAGGACAACGCAAUUCAGUUGGUGAGUGGCAGCAACAGCAUAAUAAAGUCCACUGUCCAGCAUUUUACAUACGAGACCAAGGAUAAGACGGGCAGGAGCAAGUUUCCUAUGGGCCUACGAUUGAAUCCAAGGACCAAUACGCUAGUGCUGAAUGGCAGAUCAGGACAUUUGCAGUUCUUUUCGGCUUACACCAAGAGUAUGUUGUAUAAUCUUCGCGUGGUGGACCAUAAUUAUCAUAGUGAGGAGGUAGAUCGCAUUAUCUACAAUACUCGUAUUACUCGAGCUGCCUUUAAUAUCAAUUGGAUGGCCACUGGAGAGGUACACAAUGAUCUGGAGAACUUUGUCGAAGUGCGUCUCAAAUUCUGGCAGUACAAUGAAAAGUUGCAGAGUUACAUUCUAAACACGGAGAUUGAUCUUCCUCACGAAGACGGUUUUAAAGACAUUAUCUUCUCCAAUCAGUUCCAGGUGGACAGUUUGCGCUGUGCAACUGCUGGCGAGGACAACGUUAUUAAGGUGUGGGGUCUCACAGAGUCCGAAAACAUCUAUAAGCGGGGAAAAAUGUGGAGUUGCUUGGCGCAGACAAGCUACCGAAAUCUGCCGAUUGGUUCCCUAUGCUUCUCGCAGGAUGGUUCCCUGUUAGCCGUGGGCUACGGAAAUAUUUUGGCGCUGUAUGAUGCGAGGAAUCCGCGGCUGCCCCUUCAAACACUGAGCUGUCCUCCCGGCUUAGAUGGUGUAAUAUCCAAAGCACAGCUGAGAUUGGCCCAGACGCCUUUGAAUGGAGCUAGGAAAGAACUUACCCAGCAAAGGCAGCAAUUGUGGGCUCUGCUAAAGACCCUGGUGAAUAGCAAUGAUGAGAAGUUAGUUAACCAGGCCAAGGAGUUAAUAGUGGGUCCUCCUUCCAAAGCAAAGCUCGUGAAUCAGCCGGAGAGUGCCAGCAAGGAAGCGGUAUUUAGGUACAUAAUGAAAAUGCCCGAACUAGGCUUGCAUCAGAAAUUGCAACUGCUGCGUCGCUUUGGUGUUGAAUGCCAAGUUUCCCAUCCCCAUCGAAAUCGCUUGAUGGAGCAUCUUCAGCAAAGAGAACUGAUUCCACAAACAACGAGGUUGAGGCUUCGUAAACUGGAUGCUCGACUGCAUCGCCUGCACACGAGACAUCGUUACAAAGCCAAACAGCGACUUAGUCAUUUGAACAAGCGGCGGAAGAGCUUCGAGGACCUGGUGCCGCAGGAUGUGAUGUCCCUGUUCAGCGUUCUCAAGCUCGAUGAGAGCACUAAACCGAAAAAGGAUACGAAAAAUAAAUCCAAGCUGGAUGAGAGCAGCAAAGCCAAGCAAAAAGUAAAAAGAAUACCCGCAGAGGCAGCUCCGCUGCAGGGAUUGGCGCAAAUUUCGCAAGUGCAAUUUGGAGCCGGGGAUCAGGCUCAUCUGGUGGCAGUCUGCACGGAAUCAAGGGUUCUCAUUUGGAACUUACUGACGUUGCGACUGCAGGCGGGUUUGAAAUUAUCCGUCCGUCAGCUGGCCUUUGAUCCGCUCACCAAUCUAAUAGCUGUCAUUACCAAAAAUGAUGAGUUGCACGUGUUCCAACCGAAUGUACCGCUGCCCUUGUAUCAGCGAAGUAAUCUGCCCAAGACCCAUGGUUUGGCAUGGUUGCCCAGGAGACAACCCAAGCAGAGCUCCAUCAAUGUGGACUGGCAGGCGCAGUCCACGCUGCUGAUGCUCACCCAUUCGCAGAAGAUUGCGUACUUGGCGCCACCGGGUCAGAGUCCAUCGGAUGAUGCACCCGCUCCGAUCACAUUAGCUCAGAACGCUGAGACGGAAAAUCUGCUGAGGUACGCGACAUUCGGCAUCCAUGUGACCAAGCAGCAGCAGCAGCCCGGUGAGUCCCUGGAGAAGAGUGGCCCUUUAAUCGUUGGACGAGGACAUCACAGUGCUGUCGAUGCGUUUGUCAAUCUUUCCGCCCACACGAUGCCCGCCAUGAGCCUGAUUUGUAACGAAUUCGUCAAAUCGCUGCUGACACCGGCGGACUCAGCCUCGAGGCACUCUUCGAAAGCCGGAGAAGAUGCCCCACUGACCAAUGGAGGCCCCGUCAAUGGCAAUGGAUUGUCGCACGGGCACAGUGAUGAUGAGCAGGAGGAGGGGGAGCUGGAAGAAGGCGACGUGACGAGGAGCACAUUGGACACUAGGAAAACGCUUUUGGAGCAUAAUGAAAAGUUGGAGGAUCUGCUACCCGGAGGCGAAACUGACCAGCAGGCGUUGGAUGAUCGAUUAAAGAUCAUCACGGCGCUAAGAACCAAACUGAGGUUAUGAAUGUAAACAAAUCUAUUAGUUGUUCUUAAAAAAUUAAAAACUCUUAUAUUUUUGUAUAAUACAGAGAUAAAACAAGUUAACAUACAAUAAAGAAGUUUUUUUCUUAA